UAAACGCGUUUUGAUUUUAAUAAAAGUAUUAAGUACUAAUGCAAAAAUGCAAUAAUACACCUAUCGAACAAUCUAAAUAAAAUAAUUCUACUAAUAAAAACAAUAUGAACGCUCCUCCGACCUUUGAAUCGUUUUUACUGUACGACGGUGAAAAAAAAAUUGUAAAAGAAGUUGACACAAAGGUUACGAAUGCCGCCAUAUUUACUGUCAACAAGGAAGAUCAUACUUUGGCAAACAUGAUUAGGAACCAAUUACUCAAAGACCCAAAUGUAUUGUUUGCUGGUUACAAGCAACCUCAUCCGUUAGAGCAUAAAUUUGAACUACGCAUACAGACCACGUCGGACUACACUCCUCAAGACGCUUUGACCAACGCUAUUACCGAUCUUCUAGCCGAGCUUUCAUUGUUUGAAGAACGAUUCAAAGAGGCACUACGGGAAAAGAAAGAAGGUCUGGAUUAAAACUUGACUUAAAAAAAUAUCAUUCCAAUAUUAAACCUUUUUGUGCAUAACAAUACAAAUAUAUUAAUUUUUUUUUUAGUAAUACCUCUGUAACAGAAUUUUUUGUAUACAUACAAAAAAGUACAAAUAAUAAAUAUAAAACUUGGUUUGCAACAGGACCGAUAGCAUGUA